GAACAAGAAAAUAAAAAAAAAGUAAAAAGUAAAAUAAUAAAAGUUACAGAAAGAAGAAAACAAAGGAAAACAAAGGAAAAGAAGGGAAAAUAUGAGAAAAUAAGGAAAAAAAAAGGUUAAUAAAACAAAUUAGACUAACUUAGAUGUAAUUGGUGGCUUUGUGGGAGGAGGAGGAGGAGGAGGAGGAGGAGGAGGAGGAAUGGUGACAAUGUUGCAUCUCUUCAGCAACCAUCACCACCACCAUCACCACCACCAUCCUCACCACACUCCACAUUAUGACUUAAGCAUGUCUCGUGAGGAACAGUCUCGGGAGAGGGAGCGAGAGCGGCAACGGGCGCGGGAGAAGCGAGAGGUGCUGUCUGGCCUGAGUGAGCGGGACCCCCAGCCAGUGGUGUUCGGUGUGGUGCGGCGCUCCCCGACCGUCAACAAGGUGGAGAGAAUACUGGGGGACUACGAAUCCUUCAGACUGGGCGCCCCUAACACACCCCGCACCGCCCAGGACCAGGAUGCCGCCUCCGCCACGCACCCCAAGGCCCCGCACCCCUCCACCACCCCAUCCUCGUCCUCAUCCUCGUCUUCUAAGUCCUCGCAGCCCCCCCAGUCCUCCCCCAGCACCACCACACGCCCCCCGAAGUCCCAGCCAGUGUGCAUCAAACCCCCGCACCCCCCCUCGACCCACGCCCACACUAAGAACGGCGAGGUGAAGGGGAAUCUGAAGGGGGGACCUGGACCUGGGCCGGGAGACGGGGGACCUGGGGGAGGGGGAAGGAAGUCGGCUGUCACUAAGGGUCUGCUGCCCCUCAAAGUGGACGGGGCGGGGACGGGGCAGAUGGACCCCAAAAUACAGCAGAUAAUGUCCGAGAUGACGGUGAGAGACCCUGUGUCCGCCAUAGUGCAGACCCCGAGGCACGACCACCCCCAGUUCACCUUUGGGCACGCCGCCACAGCAGCAGCCACAGCAGCAGCCGCCGCCGCCGCCUCCUCCAGGGCAGUGCCGCGUGCUGGGCGGGUGUCUGAGUCGUCUCGGUCCAAGCAGUCACAGUCGCAAGUCCUGGACAACGGCAGCCACAUUAAUGAUGAGCUGAGACUUUCCGAGGACAGCGAUGAGGAGGAGCAGGGUAACGGCAGCACGGGGGGCAGCACAGGUCACUGUAGGGUCGGGGGGAGCGUUGGCACCCCGCAGGGCCACCACCAGUCCUCCAUGGGGCCGGCCUCUAACAGCAUGGCCCCUCUGUCCCCAAUCUCCACGAAGUCCUCCGAUGAAUCCUCCAGCUCUGAGGACUCCAGUGACGAUUCUGAGGUGUCUUCCAAUAACUCCACUGACGAGGAGCAGGUGGAGUGCUCCCCCAAGCACCCGGAGAACAAGUCCCAAUCAUGGGAGCUGAAUAACUUCAUUCCCAUCAGGAAGACCAACUCACCCAUGUCCUCUGGGGGUGCCAGCGCGGGGCCUCAGCGUAUGGAGGAGCAGCAGCCACAGGAUGCUAAGGAGCCGCUGCCGCCGCUGCCACGGGAGCACACGGAGCGCAAGGUGGCCAAGAACACGGCGGCUGUCGGCUCCCAUCAUGGCAGCCGGGGUGGCCAGGAGGGCCGGGGCUGGGCCAAGCAGGACAAGGCGGGGCUGUAUGAGGACUCCUCCGGUGAGGAGCAGCCCCACCCCCGCCCCAUCCCCAGGGUGUCUGCUGAAGUGCCAGACACCCAAGCAUGGCCGGGACCCACCGGGCGGCCCCGCCUGCCCAAGGCCAAGCCCCCACCCACCCGCCAGUUCCAGGACAGUGACUCAGACAGUGAUGCCCCACCACCCCGCAAGAGCCAGCCGGCGGCCAAGGCGGCCCCACAGGACACGGACAAGUCCCCCAAGGUGAGUGCCGCCCCGCCGCCCCGCGAGGCCCCCAAGAAGUUCCCCCGGAAGCGGUCCGACUCUAGGAAGGGCGGCCACUCAGGUGCCAAAUCGGAGGGCAGCCGGGGACGGCCGCGGCGGUCCCGGGAGUUCCAGUCCCAGGAGACGGUGUACGACUCGGACAGUGACCGCUCCGUGGAUGUCACCACCGCCUCGCCAGACAAGGCCUUGGGGCGUGGCACCCCCUCCCGCACCGCCUGGGAUGCCUCCCGCACCAUGGCCAGCCCCCUUAAGCCCCCACCGGCCAGCCCCCAUGUGUCACCCCGUGUGCCACCCAUGGCCAGCAAGGCCAAGCGUGCCACUGCCGCCACCACUGGGCUGAGCUCAGCGCUGGGCUCAGACUCUCCUGUCAGCAAGAGUGAGGAUGAGCCAGAGUCCUUGGGCCAGACUGGCUCCCAGCGGCCUGAGGCAGCUCGGGGCAGCAGCAGCAGCAGCAGCAGCAGCAGCAGCAGUAGCAGCAGCAGCAGCAGCAGUAGCAGCAGCAGCAGCAGUGUGAGCAGCAGUGGCGGCAACAAGGGUGCACUGGUGAGCCGGGCGUUUGGUGCGGCAGCCAAGAAGGACCGGGCCAGCCGGGACCAGGAGGCAGUGGAGGUCAAGAAGAAGGCCAAGGGGGAGGUGCAACGGCCAGGGGCCGGGGCCAACAGGAGGGACAGGAGUGACAAAAGUGUGCGGGGCCGUGUCACAGCCGAGGCCAGCGUGGCAGUGGCAGCGGCGGCCCCGGCCCUGGCCCCGGCGCCAUCCCCGGCCAGGCGGGCCAGCAAGUCCCCCGUAGGUAGUGCAGAGCCAAAAGUGCCCAUACCACAGGUACAAUUUGUGGACGGUUACCCGCGCCUCACCUGUACAAUUGCCCUCAGCUUUAUUGACAAAGUGCCCAAGCCUAGUGUUAGCGGUGCGCCCGGCCAGGUACAGACCGUCAAGAGUGAGGUCAAGGUGGAGGAGGAGGACGAGGAGGAUGAGGAGGAGGAGGAGGAGGAGGAGGAGCGGAAGGCUGUGCUGGACAACAGGACUAAAGAGGGGAAGGGGAAGCGGAAAGCUAGUGAGCCGGGCACCAAGGCCACCGAGGACGAGUCAAAGCGGAAAAUUAUCUUCUCCAUCUUUGGCAACGUGAAGCGGCAAGACCAUGAGAGUGAUGACGACAAGGUGAAGCGCGAGGUGAAGAAGGAGGAGGAGGAGAGUGAGGAGGAGCGCGGCGGUCGCUCCUCCUCCCUGCGGCCCACUGCCACCAUCAAGCAGGAGCCAGGGGAAGCCACACCAGCGAGACAGUCAGUCCUAGCCAGCCCACGGUCGCCAGUCUCGGACACCUCAAUCUCCCGCCAGCACCGUAAGAAGAAACAGGAGAGAGCGUCACCUGCCAGGGAUAGGAAACGACCAAAGAAGGGGAGUGACCGCCACCCUCAGGAGAGCUUGGGCCUUCCUGGUGGCAGCAGCAGUACAGAGGGUCGGGGGAGGCGGGAUGGCAGCGUGGAGAGUGAGAAGUGGUCCAGGAAACGAGCGCAUGACCGGGACAGCAGUCUGGAGAGCACUCGGAGCAACUCUCGUGCGAACAGUGAGUGCGGGGAGAACCACAGUAAAACAAGGAUGUGCAAGAGUCUGGGCACACCUGACGCCAUGGCCAGCAGCCCCUCCAGCUCCAGGGCGGCCAGCCAACGCUCAGCAGACGACACACACCACAGCUGGCCGCAGGAGAAGGAUGAUCCCACUCUGAAGCACCCACAGCGACCCCAGCAUUCUCAGCAAUCUAGUCAGUAUUCCCACAAGGGCUUCAAUGGAGUGGCGGAGGAGUCAGCGCUGAAUCACCAGGAGGCGGAGUACAGUGAGGAGGCGGACACCAGCGCCACCCCUUCUGGUCCGCGCUCAACCGCCACCCACCCGCGGCUGUGUGGCAAGGACAAGGCAGAUGAGAGUGGCAGCACCCCAUGUGGCGACAGCAGCGGCUACACCACAUCCCGGCCGGUUUCUGAGCACGAGUCCCGAGUGAGCUGCAGGUCGGGGGAGGCGGCGGCCAAGGUGCCAGAGUCGUCAGAGGCACCGUGGUACCCUGGGAACUUAGCGGCACCACACGGGCAGCGGUUACCAGGUCCAAGCACCACCCCCAACACCGCCACCACCACCCUUCCUCCCUCCAGACCAGCAGGGGACCAGACAUUAUUGCAUGGACACUAUGCAAACCAACAAGACCGACCGUUUACCAGAAUACCAGAAAUAAACAGGGAUUACAACUGCUACCUGAACCGCGCCAAGCAGCUGAAACACAUAGCGGACGAGGAGACGGACCGGUCCAUGCAGGCUAUGAAGUACCUGGAGGCUGCUCUGUACUUCAUCUUGAGCGGCAAAGCGAUGGAGACAGACCACGAUGCCUCGGCCUCACUCACCAUGUACAAGGACACUCUCCGUUUCAUCAAAUGGGUCUCCUCCGUAUUUAGGAGAGAAAACCAGGAGGGGUCCAUUAAUGCUAAGUUGGCUGUUAUAAGUUUGCGGUGCCAGAGUCUGCUGUCACUCAAGAUCUAUCAAAUGUGUCGGUUUGAGCACAAAGACACACAGAGGCAGCUACACAAGUACUUCCAGAACUUUAGCAAGUCUGGGAACAUUGAGACCAGCGGAGGCAAUGGGCAGCAGUGGGGGGGCCAGCGGGGGGCAGGCUCCCCUUCACACCCCUCCCAGACCCCCUCCCCUGCUGGGUCGGUGGGCUCUGAGGGGUCCCAGUCCUCGGGCUACACCACCAGCACAGAGGGGCGCUCCAAGGCCGGUGCAUCUGCGCCUCCAGUGGGCCACACCCCGCCCCACCCACAGCCGCCCCAGGGUGCCCACGCCUCAGUGUCGAUGGUGUCGGUGCCGGUCAACAUCCACACACUCAUCAUGAAGCAGAAUUGCCUGUCCAGCCACCUGGCAUCUGCACACGACAUGUGGAUGGAGGCCGACGAGUAUGUCUCAAAAAACAACAUCAAAGAUUUCUUUGAUAAGUUGGACGACCAGGCGAGCCCCCUCACGCUGCACUCCUCCCUGCCGGAGCUGGUCAUGUAUGUGAAGUGUGGCCUGCACCGCAUCAGGGCCUAGCCGCCGCCCCUCCCCUGGCUGCUGCUCCCCUCUCCCCAGCACUGGGAGGAUGGGGGGUGGGGUGGGGUGGCACGCCGGCCCCAUGCCUUGUUAGCGGAGAAGUGAGCGCCGCCGCCGUCGCUGCUGCCGUUGUGGCGGGGCGGGGCGGGGCGGCCUCCCUGCUGGAUCCAGAUACUCAAGGAAGAACUCUCAUUAGUUACAGUAGUGUAGUGCAAUCAGACGGUGUCAAGUUAUUGUGGGUUGUUCCCAGGCCUCGGUGCGGCGAGGGACGCGGCGCCGAGGGUCUGCGGCGUGCGUUGCGUGACGUGCAGAGCGGGGGCCCAAGAUCCCGAACGUUUGGCUUCCUUGUGUGACAACUGUGAUGCCUUAUCAUUAAAUUUAGUUACGAAUGGUUUUAUACAGAUAGUCGACAUUUUUUUUAUUUUUCUUUUGUUAUACUUCCCACCCAAAAUGUACAAAUUUGCUGAGAGGUCCAUAAGUGUGAAGACAUUGCCUUGUGUGCUGUGUGGAGCACACUCCAGCCGCCAGCCAGCCAGCCAGCCAGCCAGCAAGCAGACCACCGCUGCGGCCUCCCUCCCAAGUGGCCCUGGGCAGUGCUGGCCACCGAUAUGGGGAGCGGGGUCAGGAUGCCCCGGCCGGCCCCAUGCCUGCUGCCCCGGGCCCAGCGCCGCGGUGCGUGGGCUGGGCUGGAUGCCAGUUCUCAACAGAUACCUCUAAACAUUUUGUAGCGGAGGCACGGCAGCAGUGGCAGGUGUGGCAGGCCCAGGGCAGCGCCACGGUGGCGGUGGCGGUGGUGCGGACGUGAGGGCCGGCCGGGGGUGGUGUGCCGGCCUCCCUCCCUGCCUGCCUCGGUGACCUUCUUGGCAACUCAAUAUUGUGGCAUGUACUGAGCACACACUCCCUGCCAGAUGUAUAUUUUUGUACAUAUAUUGAAAUUUGAUAAUGGUACAGACCAUGCUGAUGAUGAUGAUGAUGUUACUGAUAUAGUACUUUGUACUGGGCUUUAAUUCCCGUGGAAACCCUGAACUUUUGUAACUAACAAAAGUUGAUAAUUUGAAUGGCAAUGUUUUUGAUUAUUUUGUCCCCUGGGGCAAUAUUGUUAAGUAUACUUAAUUUUAUCGAUGCUCAUAUGCUCGUUAUAGAUGAUAUAAAGUUGAUAUUUGUACUUGUAGACUUAAAACUCUAUCGAACCAGGAAUGCAUUAAAUUAUUUUCUCGUCACAAACCUGAUGGGAGUCGCUCCCACGCCGACAAAAAGCCGUCACGCUUUGUUUCCGUGGUUGUCUCCGACUGGCCAGACUCCGGCAGCCCUGGACCCCGGCCCGGCCCAGCCUGGCCCGGCCUGGCGACCGUCCGGCAGCUGGUUCACUACAAGUACGUCGGUGGCCGUGCGUCACCUGGUCUCUGUGAUGACCGCCGCAACACAACACAUGUCCUGGUCUUCUGCCUUGUCACUUCCUCAUCAUAUCACAAGAGUAUUGUUCAUUUGUUGCAUAACGUUUCAUCUCAUUACAUCCACACGGUGAGCUUCUGUAGCUUCUGUUAGCGCCGCCGCCUCGGCCCGCCCCUCAUUGGCGUAUUCUCAUUUUGUUGCCGAGGAUGCCCCGCCGCCGCACCCUACUGCCGCUGCUGCUUGCAAGGGCAACAGCAGCGGCGGCAGUGGUGACAGGUGGCAGUGGGGCGCCUCGCCGGGGACACAAGCUGCUCCUGUCCUGUCACCGUUCCGUCUUCCCAGGAAGCUGAGGCACCGGGGACUCUCUCUCCGCCUGUGUUGUGUUGUUUUCCUUCCUUCCUUCCUUCCUUCCUUCCUUCCUUCCUUCCUUCCUUCCUUCCUUCUCUCCAUCCUUCCUUCCUUCCUUCCUUCCUUCCUUCCUUCCUUCCUUCCUUCCAUCCUUCCCUCCCUCCCUCCAUCCCUCCCUGUUUUCAUUGGCAAAGCCAAAGCUGGUUUAUAUAAUCUGAGAAGUCUGUUUGUUCACUGGUUCUUCUCCACUCCUAAAGUUGAACCUUUGAGUUCAGUAUUGUUUGUAAAUUUAUUUAUUUAUUUAAAAAGUGUUAGCAUUCAAUAUUUUAUUUAAUAAUAUACUGAAAUGUUGGUGCAGGUAGACAUUGUGUCCUUGGUGAAACAGGGUACUGCUGGGGUGGCCAGGCCGGGGUGCCGGGCCUGGCCGGGUGGUGGUGGUGGUGGUGGUGGUGGUGGUGGAGGAGGAGGUGGUGGUGGUGGAAUUGGUGGAGGCAGUGGGGGUGAUGGUGGUGGAGGGCAACCAGCCAGUGUGGUGGCUGCCUGACUCACCAGUAUUAACACACACACACACACACACACACACACACACACACACACACACACACACACACACACACACAUUGGGAGCUUACUGAUGCACAAAGUGAAACAAACAUCACAACACAUUACCUGAAAAACACUAGAAAAACACACACACACACACACACACACACACACACACACACACACACACACACACACACACACACACACACACACACACACACACACACACACACUGCCACCUCUCACUGCCAAGCCUAGAGUAUAUGUGAGCUUGUUUUGUUUUGAGCAUUGUAAUGUGUACAAUGUGUGGUGUAGCCUUGAGCCUUUGUAUUGGUGGUGUGAGAAGUGUUACAAAGCGCUGGAACCUGAGUGACUUUGGGUAUGGUGUUAUUAUACAGUGGUGAUGAUGAGACAUGAUGCAUUUUCUGAGUCUGCCAAAGGUGAACAAUAACAGAAAUACGAAGAUGAGUUUUGAUUUUCUUUUCUUGGCUUCCUCCUCCUUGUGUUAGUCAGUGAGUCAGUCUGUCGGUCAGUUUCUCAGUCAGUCAGUCAGUCAGUCUGUCAGUUUCGUGUUUCCACCUUCCUCUGUGGCCAAGACCAGCUGUCACUGUCUUGAAGUGUUUGAGUACAAGGACAAGUCUGAACGGCAAAGGAAGUGAAGAGUGACGGCGAAGGAGGUCGCUCAAGGGAGACACGUUGAUCUUGGACUGAGAGAGUGAAGUACGUUCUUUAUGUCCAAGAAGGAAGGUUAACAACAUAGCAGGUACAGUCCAGCAACACCACACACCCCAGCCUUCCCCAGCACCUCAGGGGGUGGGUAGGGAAAGGAGCCUCACCCACUCCCUCACCCCACACCCCCACCACCAUCUGUGCUCCCCCACCACUCCUCCUAGACAUAUCCAGCAGCCAGGGAGCCGCCACAGCCCCACAUGUUCCUCUGCACCGGCCAUCCACAUCCCGUCAUCCACAUCCCUCCCUCGCAUACUGUGGCACACUCGGGCUACCGCCGUGGUGGGGCUGCGGCGGGCGUGUCAGCCACACCCGCCGCACACCUGCACCACCACCACCUCUUACAGAAAGUGUCCUUCCUAUAAUCCAUACUCUCUGACCUUAUUUAUUAUGACUUAAGUAGUGGUUAUCAUUUCCGUGUUUUUUGGGCACCUUUUGUUGAGGAACCCGAAAGCUGUACAAAAGGACAGUCUUAUUUCAAAUCUAUGCCAAGAUUGUAUCUACAAUAAGUAAAUGAAUAAUAACACAUGCACAGUUUGCUGUUUUACAGAUAUAUCAUGUAAAUAAUAAAGUAUUUCUUAUGUU